AUGCGAGCGAGCGAGCGACUUGGCCAGAUCAAAUGCAACAACGUGCGUCCCGUCUGCGCAAACUGCACCACCUACGAGCAGGAGUGCAUAUACGAGCCCAUCUCCGACACGGCAAAGGUCGCCGGACGGGCGCGCCAUCUCCGUAGCAAGAACAGCAGGCCGAGGUUGGGCGGCGCGUCCCGAAAGGCGUCAUCGUCAUCAUCGCAGGCUGCCGCUCUGACGGCGGCGGUCAGCCCAGCUACUGCUACUGCUGUGUCGUCGUCGUCGACGCGGGAGGAUGAGCGCGAGAGCCCCCGCGUCGACGGCGGUAGUGAAGAGGAUGCGCCGCCUCGUGCUGGCGCCGCCGGGAGCCUGAAAGAUGCUUCGCAGGAGGCAUCGCGGGCGCCGACGGCCGAAGAGGUCCGCGUCGCCAGGAUCCUCGUGUCGGCCAACGGCGUGUCCAGCUAUCACGGUCGCACGAGCACCCUCUUCGAGGACAGCAAUCCCCCGGACCGUCCUGCCGGCGGCGACUGCCGGCCUCGCAUGUCUGACGACUGGGUGGAGCGUGGUCUCGUCGCCGAAGCCGUCCGCCAGUGCCAACUCGAGGAGCUCAACUACCGCGAGGGCAAACUCGACUUUGACGGCGUCGAGCCCGAGCUGGGCAUGCACCUCCUGUCGCUGCAUUGGAACAGGCAGCACCAUUCCUUCCUGCUCACCCACCGCCCGGCCUUUAUGCGCGACAUGGCCUGCAACGGGACCUACUUUUCCAAGCUCCUGCUCAACGCCAUCUACUUUGGGGCCAGCAAGUUCUCGCCGCGCCUCGAGGUCCGCCGCGACGCGGGAGACGUGCGCACCGCGGGGUGGCGCUUCCGCGAGCGCGUCAGGGAACUGCUGGGCGGCUCGCUGGACCGCAGCGACGUGACGACCAUCCAGGCCCUGCUCGUCAUGACCAACUCGCUCUUUGCGCUGGGCGAUGAGCGCAGCGCCGCGUGGCUGUACUCGGGGCUGGCCUUUCGCAUGCUCAUUGACCUGGGCAUGCAUGUCGACCUAUCUACGACGGGUCGUUUUUCCGACGAGGACCUCGAGAUUCGCCGGCGAGUCUUUUGGGGCGCGUUUGUCGUGGACAAGGUGCAAAGCCUCUAUCAGGGCCGUCCCGUCAGCCUCAAGGAAAACGACGCCCUGGUGCCCAUCAAAUUCCUCGACAGCUACGAGGAGCUCGAGCACUGGCAGCCCUUUGCCUAUUCCACCGCGGCGGGAUCCGACUAUCCCGGCUCGCCGGCGUACAGCAUAUCCACCUUUACGUGUCUCUGCAGGCUGUCCCUCGUUAUGAGCGACAUUCUGAGCUGCAUCUACACGGAGCGAAGCUUUUCCCAGAGCCCGGCUGAGCUGUCCACCAUGCUGGGGAGGCUGCAGCGUAGGCUCUGCGCGUGGAGGAGCUCGCUGCCUGCCCACGUGCGGUUCGACCCGAGCAGGCGCCCGACAACGGACGCAAAGGCCGUCCCUCCACCGCCGCCGCCGCCGCACGUAUUCAGCUUGCAUGCCAUGUACCAUGUGCUCGUCAUACUACUGCACCGGCCCUUUGUGGCGGACGGUCAUCUAUACAGCACGUCGCGAUCCAUCUCCGUCGAGUCCUUCAUCAAGUGCGCUUCCGCGGCUUCCAGCAUUGUCUUGCUCUUGCGCGCGUACCACUGCGCCUUCUCCGUGCAGCGAGCGCCGUACCUCAUCUCCUACGCCACGUACGUGGCGGCGACGAUACACUCGCGCAUUGCGGCCAAGCGCGGGCACGAGUCGACGGCGUACAGCAGCCUGGCGACGUGUCUCGCCGUCUUUCAGAUCAACCAGGAGACGAACCCGGCCGUGCGGAAAGCGACGCUGAUUGUGCGGAGCCUCAUGAAGAAGCUCGGCGUUGUCAUUGACACCAUUCCCGGCGAUGCGCUGGACAUGGUGGUGGAUCAGACCGGUGGUGGCGCGAGUGGCCAGGCGGCAGAGUCUGACGACGACUUGGACAACCGGGGACAGGAGGUGGCUCUAGGCGCUGAGCUGGAGAGCAACGUCGGACGGCAACAUGACGGCGGCGACGAAACGGCCGUUGCUGCGACGCGGGAUGGAGUUGUCAGCUCCUCGCCCACGUCUGAGUGGGUGGAUGUGGAUGGCAUCAUACAGAGCUUCCUCCAGGAGGGCGACGCGACUGCAACCCGAUAUGCCAUGAUGGAUGCUAAUCAUCAUCAGCUCCCGCCGGCGGCUUCGUGGUCCACCACACAGCGGACUCCCACGGCCGGACUAGAAGAGCAGCAGCAGCAGCAGGACCUCGGGCCAGGACCGAGCCAGUACGAGCCGAAUACCGGAAUAGCCCCGACCUCGCUGCCCGUGCCCGACACCGGGUACAACAACAACAACGCUGCCGUGGCUAGCUAUGCUUGGCAGACAAACUGGAGGGCGUCAAAUAACGAGCCUGGUUUGCUGGAAGAUCCACUGUUCGGCUUCAACAGCGCGUCGUUGGGCAACAUGGCCUUUACGGGUUGGUGA